AUGCUUACGGGGUUCAACCUAGUGGCGAUUUUCAAGUUUCAACUUCACCUCGUCAAGCAGAAGCGUAUCGCCAUGGAAGAUACACACGACGAAUCUCUCGAUCUCCAAGAAAUUCGCAGUGAAGAAACUGGGGAAUCGUCUCCUUCAUCGGAUUCCGGAAAUCUGGUCCAUGAUUUUGCUCUUCAGCUUGAGAUGUCUGAACUAGAGAGUCAGGUUGAGGAGAAAAGUAUGAUUUUUCAAGUCAUUGGCGGAUCUGGAUUCUGAGGAUCUAACUCAAAGGCGUCUGCUUGUUAGAGACUUCACAUCAAACCUCAAAACUACGGCAAACAUGUUAUGGACAAUGCACUAAGCAUCUGUUGCUCUCUCUACGCUUCAUGUCUUCUGGUUAAUUCAUAAAACUCAUUAACUAUGGGUACACUACUGUGUAAACAUUAGCUGCCUGAGAAAUAUUAUAAUAUGGUGUCAUACAGUUACAGUGAGAUAGAGAUUCCGGUUGAAAAAAUUGAAGUUGCUUGUGUUGGGAUCUUGCCUUUUCUAGAUUUACAAAACUUUCUUGGAUCUAUAGAACAACAGUCGCACGAUAUUUGGAAAUAAAACCAAAACGAAACUUAACCUUGUUUACAUUUCUCGCCGUCUAAAAUCUGAUUCAGAUUGUUGUUUUCCUUUCACUUUUUUUCCGGCGGUCUUUUGAAGUGGAGUCUCUGCCGACUAACUUUGAGGUCAUCCAGCUUCUGCUUCAGUCGAGGUAAGAUCUUAGGUAAAGCCUCUUGGUAGUUUGAUCUCAGCUCCUUAACCAUAGCAGCUCCACGAUAUAACUGUUCGAUGCAACUGUAGAACUUUUCUCCAACAUCUUCCAUUCUCAUCUCUCUCUUCAUGACUUUCUCCCCACGCUCCAAUGCACCUCUCACAAAUUCGAUCAACAUAUCACUCUCAUACAGUUCAUCUUCGUAUCUCGCCGUUGCUUUUGCAUAACCGGUUAGUUUGUUAGGUUUCGAUGUAUCAACCUUCACCUGAACAGCCUCGUUGUUCAAUACCGUGUCUGAGACCGGAGACCGGUUUUCCUCGGGGAUAAGCGUGUAGCUAGGUGAGAUCUUGACCAUAGGGUCAGAGGAUUCCUCAAUCGAACCGUCCGAGUGAGGAUCUUCUUUCGCGUUCUCGUCUGCUUUAACUCCAUUCUGAAGUUCGGAUUCAAUCUUUGAUGGAUGAUCAUGGAUAGAUUCUUCAGUAUAGGUAACUUCAUCGUCUUGGGUCUCUUCUUGUUCUUCUUGGAGUUCGUUGGCAACUUCAGUGAAGCGUUGAUGAAGAUAAUCGUCGUUCUCAAGCAAACGCAGAAGAGAUGAAUCACUACUAAUUCUUAAGUACUUAUUAUGAAAUAUUGAAGUCAAAGGUGGAGUGACCAAGAAUAUAAAAGAGGAAGCUGGAGUUAUUUCUUAUAACUUUUUUUAAUCAAAUGAAAAGCUGGAUUUGCCUCCUAAAGGUGGCAUCCUUUUUUAAAUGUGAACAUAUGUGUUUCAUUGUAUAUCAAUUCUAUUUUAACGAAAACAAAAUAAAGUCUUCAAUUGUAAUCAUGUUAUUCAAAUUCUUUUCUAUACGGUGC